CUUUCACUUAAGUAAGAUUUACUACUUUUACUAAAGUAAAAUAUCUCAAGAAAAUGUCGUCGGUAUUGGGACUACUUUUUCUGUGUGCGCAUGUAGACGCUGAUGCGGUUUACGUUACCAGGAAGUGGGGUUCCACCAUCGGCGGUUGGUUUUGACAAACUUCAUCCACAAGAACCACAAGUAUUAAGCUAGCAGGCUAACGUUAGCAUAAUAAUAAGAUGAGGCCAUUUGUUCUAAUACUAUGCCUCACUCCUGCACUGUGAAGACAUGCAGCAAUAAAGCAAAGACUGGCACUGCUCUGUCGUUUCACCGCCUUCCAGUAAGGGAACCUGAGCGGCUGAAACUAUGGCUGUCUGCCCUGAACAUCGAUGUCAAUACUCCCCUGGACGAGCUGAAGAAAUGUAUCGUAUGCUCGGAGCAUUUUGUUCCGGAGGACUACACAGUUAACGGACAGCCGAGGACGGAUACGAUGCACCGUUUUCUGACGCCAACGGCUGUCCCGACCGUUGGCGCUGCUGUCCCGACCGUUGACGCUGUCGUCCCGACCGUUGGCGCUGUCAUCCCGACCGUUGACGCUGUCGUCCCGACCGUUGACGCUGUCAUCCCGACCGUUGACGCUGCAACGGAAGAUUCAGAAAAAAACAGGACCAAGGAUGUAUCAUCGUAUUGUCAUUCUUCUGAAGACACACAGCCGGUCUCUGAGGAACAGCCUCUUUCAUUGCAGCAAUGUGACAUUAAGGUGGAUCAGAUGCCCGUUCUGGAGGAAACGCAGAACCAAGAUCACCCAAAGGUCAAAGAGGAGCAGGUGGAUCAGUGUAUCAGUCCAGACAUGGACGCUGAUACUUCCGACGACGCUGAAGUAAGACAUCCUAAAUCAGGAGCAGCCACUAAGUGUGAGCUGCUCCCGUCUUCCACGGCUGUAACUGUGAGCGUAAACGAAAGCAUACACGACAAAUGGAAUGAAAGCGAUGGCUCAUCAUCGCCUCUUCAGAGUCACAGCGUUGAAGUCUUUGUGGAACUGGAACAACCUCCGAGGGAAGAAAAGUCUUGCCGUUUUUGUGGUAAAGGUUUUAAGAGGGAUUCUUAUCUUAUAAGACAUGUAGACAAGAGCCACAAAGGGCACAGAGCCUUUAAAUGCCUGGAGUGCAACAAGGAGUUUGAACAAAGGUACCAGCUAGUUCUGCAUACAAGAAUUCACACAGGUGAAAAACCCUUUACAUGUGAUUAUUGUGACAAAACCUUUGUUCAGAACUCAAGUCGUCUCGCUCACAUGAGAGUGCAUACUGGGGAAAAACCGUAUCUUUGUAAUAAAUGUGGGAAAAGUUUUGCAACAAGCAAUCAUUUCAAAUUUUGUAAAACGCAGAAUGAGUGCAAAAGCACACCAGAAAAGGGAAAUGUAGAGGAGGAUCACAAAGAGGAGAAGGACUUUAAAUGCUUUAAAUGCAACAAGGAGUUUAAUCAAAAGCACCAGCUCAUUCUGCAUGCAAGAGUUCACACCGGGGAAAAACCCUUCAGUUGUGACUUCUGUGGCAAAACAUUCACUCAGAACUCGAAUCGUAUCGUUCACAUGAGACAGCAUACUGGAGAGAAACCAUAUUGUUGUACCAAAUGUGGCAAGAGGUUUGCCAGUAGUCAUCAUCUUAAAUUGUGCACAGGGACACAAAGGCAAAGCACAAAUAAGCCCUUUCGCUGCCCAACAUGUGGCAGAACCUUUCACACAGAUUCAGACCUGAAGGUGCAUAUGGAGGUUCACGAAUCAUGGAAAAGACACAUCAGUGAGAAACUGCAAGGACAGGAGUUAGGAGGGGAACAUCUUAAAGCUGUGUGAGUCAGAAACCUAAUAUUUUUUUAUAUAAAAUGUGCAAUUCAGUAUUUAGGAAUGGCUUCCUUCUGCUUCAACCUCACAAAAGCAUUAUAUUUGUACAUUUGUUGAAAUAUUGUGAUUUUAAAAAAUAAUCUUAUAUUUAGGUACCCAAUUGGUAUUAACUAUGGUGUUAACAUAUAAUUUGUGCUCAAAUUGUUUACAGAUUGUCUGUAACAUCACUGCAGUUGCACAUAACUGAGAUUAUGUCUUCAGAAAUGUGAUGUAUUUCUUCCUCACUAAAGCAAAGGGAUUAUCAACAUCCUUCAGGUUUAUUCAUUGUUAUGUUGUUUUGACCUGGUAGGCAGUAUCAUUUCGUGCCUUGUUUGGAUAACAAGUUCAAAAAAGAUGUUCAACAUGGGGAAAUGAAUGUUUGAGAGUUUUGCCAGGUUUUCCUUGUUUUUGGUGAACUUUGACCUACAAAUAACCACAUGUUCACACAGUGCAAGUAAUAAACUUGGAAAGAAACAAACCCGUAUUUUUAUUGUGCUUAUUCAAAAUUGUUCUGGGGGUUUUCAGAUGUAAACUUUGUUGAUAUUAUUAGAAAGAAGGAAAAUAAAACGUACAAGUUGUUUAUAA